AUGGCGCGCCUGCUACGUCCUGAAGACUACACGGUGGCAUGGUUGUGCAUGCUGCCCAUCGAGCUUGCAGCGGCACACGAGAUGCUGGACGAAGUGCACCAGGAUCUAGAGCAUGGAUCCAAUGAUGAUAAGAACCUGUACUUGCUGGGGUCUAUUGCGGGACACAAUAUCGCGAUCAUGUGCCUACCGGCAGAACAUAUUGGUCACAGCUCUGCGGCAGUUAUGGCGACGCAGAUGAUGGCCACAUUUAAGAGAAUUCGAUUUGGGCUAAUGGUUGGUAUCGGCGGAGGAGUGCCUAACGCAGAUGCAGAUAUCAGACUUGGGGAUGUAGUAGUUAGCCAGCCAGACAAGACGUGCGGCGGAGUAGUGCAGUAUGACGCUGGUAAGACUACAGCAAGCGGAUUCGUACGGACAGGGUCGCUUAAUGCACCGCCGCAGGUGCUGCUCAGAGCAGUUGUUAGGGCGCGGACGAUGAUGCUACGUGGUAGAAGCAAGGUCUUUGAACAUAUUGCUAAACUUGAGCGUCUUCCCCAGUUCCGGUAUAUGAAAACGGGGCCUGAUGUGCUCUUUGAAGCCACAUAUGAUCACGAAGGCGGGAAAACGUGCGAUAUGUGCAGCAUGGACAGACAAGAAGCAAGGCCGCCACGUCACAGCGAAGGGGGGAUAGUGGUCGUGGACGGACAAGAAGCGAGACAGCCACAUCACAGCGAAGAAGGGAUAGUGGUUCACUAUGGGACAAUCGCAUCGGGAAACCAGAUCAUAAAGAAUGCGGCGGAGCGAGACAGGGCUAGCGCAGAGCUUGGUGGUGUUCUCUGCUUCGAGAUGGAGGCAGCAGGACUAUCAGGAAGCUUCCCUUGCCUUGUCAUCCGCGGUAUAUGCGACUACGCGGACUCGCACAAGAACAAGCAGUGGCAGGCAUACGCGGCUGGGACGGCGGCAGCGUAUACGAAGGAGAUACUAUCAGUAAUAUCGCCGGCGGAGGUAGCCAUGUCGCGCAUAGUGGAGGAAGCAGUGAAGGCCGAAGGUCUCCUUGACGACGUUACAGAAGGAGACUUGCAGCCUCCAUCGCUCAAGCAUUCUUUCGCGCAAGCCUCCACCCUACCUAUCACAGUCUCCCAAACCUAUGACUUCUCUGACAUGAUAUGGAGCUCAACCGGUAAAGACUCUGAGAUCGUUACUGAUGCCACGAAUCACGCAACACAGGACUCGGCAUUGAAUGAGCCAAAUGAGGAACAAAAGAUAUCUCCGCCAGAGCUGUCUUCAGCAAAAACAGUUUAUGCGCCAUCAGCAACGUUGACGACACCUGCCCUAAGGGGUAAGGGAUAUACAGGCAAACUUGCUGAGCAGUUGUUUGGAGUAGUCAACUGCACUGAGCUGACCCGGGAUGCUCUGGACCACCUCUCACAGUCGCUACCGGAUCUGCUUCGGGCCUUCGCUGUGAAGGUUGGGUAUCAAGCUUCAUCACCAAUGCACCGUGACGUUAUGUUUUAUGUUCGAAGAGAUCGUGUGAGCGUGCAACAGGCAUUCCAAUGCCUCAUAGACGACGUGUUACAGCCCGAAGAGCCUGUGAAAUUUGACGAGGGACUUGGCCGGGACGCCAUCGAUAGGUUCAUGAAAGACACGGAGGAAUUUGAAGAUGUUCCUGAACAACAGAUCGAUGCUGAAGCCGCGGGUCCUGAACAAGAUGAGAAACAGCAAGAUGAGAGCCAAGAACAAAGCAAGAUAUUUGACUUUAUACUACAAACUCGGGCUUACAAAUGGCUUGUUGAUACACUGAGAAGAGAAACGAUAUUGAAGCGGGCGAGUCCUGACCUCAUGGAACAGAUUGGGGCUCGAAUCCGAGGGGUACUGCUUUCGUAUGGCGAUAAAGUUAGUAGGAAAACCCCGUCACAGGAGUACGAAGCAACAUUUGAGUUACUCUGGAACCCUCCACACUAUCUCAAGGAUCAGCGGCCUCAUGAUGACGCAGAAGAGGUAUUGGGUGACACCAUCACGCUUACUGGAACUGUGAACGACGCACAAGCUUUGACAGCCCUUGAGUAUCUUUGCCAAGUCUGGCCAGACAGUGGGAUGCAUGUCAUGCAACUAAUCACCGAUAUUGUAUGCCAGGAUUCGGAACAUAUUGCAACUACUAGUCUACUAGACGGGACGCAAUUUCAGGCGCGCAUUGAAGACGCCAAAUUGAUAGUCAAUGUGGUAGGCUCAAGUGAAUCACUUGCCGAGGCCGGGCAACAGCUUGCCUGGCUGGGUGCGGCUCUUCAAUCGCCACCAAUCAAAACAGGCAUAGCACUUUGUGUUCCGUUCAUUCGAGAGUGCUAUUUGAUGCACGAUCCGCCUCCAGUCGAGGUAUCUGAGCAAAGACAACGAGGCAAGAUUUUCUGUAGAUUUGACUCCGAAGUCAAAGCCCCAUACAUGGCGGGAAUCGAGGGUUCAGGGCUCUGCUGGCAUAAAAUGUUUGCUAGCCCAAUCCUUGUGGGUGGAUUUCCAAUUCUCAGCAAGCCGGAACCUAAACUGGGACUCGAAAUGUCACUUGACCUGCUGGCUGGUAUGGUUGGCGCUCCUCAGGUACUGGGAAUCCAAGGGAAGGUCUUCCUGAAAGGCUUUUCCACCAUGCUAGUCGGCGUGAGACGUUUGGAUGACCUGCUGAUCUGGCAUUUCUCGUUUGAUGAAGAGGGCAACAGGAUAUCGUACCUUGAUGUGCCGCUAGGACAAGCUUGCAAUAUGAGCGUUGAUCAGAUAAAUGACGUCCGACAUGUAGUUGGCUGGUCUAGGAAGAGCUCAUACUAUGCUGGCGCUGAAGAUGCCGAUUACGAUAUCAAGGGUACAGACCUUCCACCACCCCGGGCGGGAGCUCUAUUAGAGAAGUUCACUUUCAAUCUUGGCAAGGUCUUCACAGCAGGAGCAACGAUCACUCCACGGGUCAAGCGAAUAUCCCCUCACUUCACUCGCGACGCAUACGAACAAAAGCUUAUGUGGAUCGAAAAGAAGUACGUUGUUUUAUGGGACGAGGAGACCAAAAGAGGCUGGCUUGUCAACGGAACAAGCGCUCUGCUCCACUUGGUUCGCAUGUCGCUCAAAAACGAAGCUGAACACGAUGCUGCAUCCGCAAGGAAAGUCCUCAAAAACGAACGAAAUAGGGAUCUUGAGGUUUGGCGCGGCAAAAGUGAGAAUGCGACGGGAGCAGAACAGAAACUUCCAGUACAAAAUCAGCCCAGCGCGGCCCGCAAAACAAAUAAGUCGAAGUACACCUUUGAAAACCUGGUAGAACAAAAAUGGUCCGUUCUCGAAGUUCUUAUGGAAAGCCACAAACAACUCGCGGGGCUAAAUGGUAUCAACCUCAAGUUCCGGAUCAGAAGACAUCUCGAAGGUUGGAAUUUCGAAGACCUCGCUGGUGAAAGCGACCCUGAACCACGUGUUGCGACCCUAAAAGCAGUGGGCUAUGGUUGGGUUGAUUUUGUUCACUCUUUGAAGGCCAUUACGCUAUUUGGCCGUGGAUUCGGGAAUAUCAUCAGACCGUCAAAGUGUGAGAGAAUCUGUUCCCAAUGGUCACAGCUACCAAAGGGCGAGUAUCACCUGGCAGCCAGUCUACAUGACUUGGACGUCAUAAUGAGCAAGACCAGAAAGACGGAGCGAGGAGAUAUUGAGAUUGUGCGAGGGUUGCUAUGGCAUUCUCCAAUAGAUCCUUUCACACCCUGCAGGUGCCUCGGCCGCGGACAGAUGGAAGAGCCUCACAAGCUGUGUAUGGAGGGCCAUGAUCCUGUACAAGCGUUGUUCCCCAAGGCAUUAAUCAAAGGCUCAAUGCUCUUCCCGAGCCCUCGCAAGCCGGAGACCCUGAACAAUAACGGGGCGGUUGUCUUUGGACAUACAAUGUCUUGGACUUCUAACCACAGGAUGGCCCAUAUCGGUGGUGUCUCUUCCGAAGAACACUCCUCUCCAGAUCAUUCAGAUCCACAAAGAACGGUUUUGAAGGCCGACACGCCAAUGACGAGCUUGGCUCUGAACCAAAGCUAUCCCGGGCAGUUGGGACGGACAUAUGGAGAAUUAGGAUAUACUUUGCGUUCUGUCGAUAUCAGUAAAAUGACUCCGGAGCAGUACACGAUCAGGCAUGCAGAUACCCUUAUAGCAAACAGGCAGCAUGACACAACCGAUACUAGUGAGGAAGAGAUAGAGGAACUUGAGGAUAGCUGGGGAAAGAUGUGGUGGGAGACUAGUCAACUUUCACGAUGCGGACCAAAAAGGGCGACUGCACCUGAAUCUAGAAACUAG